AUGACGGUGUUCCGGGGCCCGCCCGGCCGGCCGUCGGCGCUCGUGAGCUGGUGGAGGAGGAGCCCGCCGCUGGGCUUCGCCGCCAAGGUCUCCAUCGCCAUCGCGCUCGGCCUCUCCUUCGUCGUCACCUGGACCACGCUCGCCCCGACCUCCUCCUCCCAGCAGAUCUCCACCGAGCGCACCUACUUCGCCGCCGACGUCGCCGACCCGCCCCCUGGAGCGCUGGCGCACCCCCGCAACGCCACCGCCCGCGCCGUCCACAGGAAGCCCCGCCCCGCCAGCAGCCCCCGCGGCCGCAAGAAGCGCCGCUCCCCGCCUAGAUCCCGCCGCCCCAAUGCCACCCCCUCGCCCGACGCCGCCGCGCUCAGGUCCAACCUCACCGAGCCGGAACAAGCCAACAAACUGGAGCCGGAGUGGGAGUGGGAGGACGAGCAGGAGCCGGAACUGUCCGUGCCGGAGGACGACGCGGACGCCACGGGGAAGGCGCCCAAGGAGGAGGAGAACGACAAGGCGCCGGCCCUGGAAUGGGCCGACGAAUCCAGCGAGCUAGACGCCGAGGAGGAGGAGGACCCGGAGGCGGCCAAGGGCAAGGCUUCCAAGAAGAAGAAGAAGCUGCCGCCGCUCUUCAGCCCGGCCGCGCAUUACCACUGGAAGCUCUGCAGCGCCAAGAGCGGCCACCACUACACCCCUUGCGUGGAUUUCGAUGGGGAUGGGAGCCAGAGGCACCACGAGCGGAGCUGCCCGAGGUCGCCGGUGACAUGCCUGGUGUCACUGCCAAAGGAGUACAAGCUGCCUGCUCCAUGGCCGGAGAGGAAGGAGAAGAUUUGGUAUGGGAAUGUUGGGCAUCCUAGACUGUCGAGCUAUGCCAAGGACCACAGCUGGCUGAAUCGGACCGGCGAGCACCUGGUGUUCCCGCCGGAGGAAUCGGAGUUCAAAGGCGGCGCAAGACAUUAUAUCGACACGAUUGAUGAGAUGGCACCUGAUCUUGACUGGGGUAAAAAUAUUCGCAUAGCAUUGGACAUUGGAUGCAAAAGUGCUGGGUUUGGAGUUGCUCUACUCGAGAAGGAUGUGAUUACACUGUCAUUAGGCCUUACAAAUGACCAGACAGACCUUGCACAAGUUGCCCUUGAACGCGGCAUCCCUGCAACAAUUGGCAGUCUGGGAUCAAGAAGAUUACCCUUUCCUAGUGGUUCAUUUGAUAUUAUCCACUGUAGUGAAUGCAACAUACCAUGGCAUUCUAAUGGUGGAAAGCUUCUCAUAGAGAUGAAUAGGAUCCUUCGCCCAGGAGGAUACUUCGUUAUAUCGAGCAGACAUGGUGACCUCGAGAGUGAAGAAGGAAUAUCAGCUUCAAUGACCGCGGUUUGUUGGAACGUAAUAGCUUACAACAGUGAUGAUGUCAGCGAGCUUGGAGUAAAGAUAUUUCAGCGACCAGCCUCAAAUGACGAGUAUGACCUGAGAGCAAAAAAAGAUCCUCCAUUUUGCAAGGAAGAGCAAAACAAAGCUACUGCAUGGUAUACUCCAAUCAAGCAUUGCCUGCACAAAGCUCCUGCUGGUAUCGAAGAAAGAGGCAGUGAGUGGCCUGAGGAGUGGCCCAAGAGGCUCGAGACUUUUCCUGAUUGGCUCGGGGACCUGCAAACAAGGGUGUCUGCUGAUCAUAGCCACUGGAAGGCCGUCGUUGAGAAAUCGUAUCUGGAUGGCUUGGGUAUUAACUGGACAAAUAUCCGAAACGUGCUGGAUAUGAAGGCUGUAUAUGGAGGAUUUGCUGCAGCUUUGUCGUCUGAAAAAGUUUGGGUCAUGAAUGUUGUCCCCGUGCAUGCCCCAGACACCCUACCUGUAAUCUUCGAGCGCGGGCUGGUCGGUGUUUAUCACGACUGGUGCGAACCAUUUAGCACAUAUCCAAGGUCGUACGAUCUUCUUCAUGCCGACCAUUUGUUCUCACGCUUGAAGAACAGAUGCAAGGAACCUGUCUCGAUUUUGGUCGAGAUGGACCGGAUCCUGAGACCCGGAGGGUGGGCCAUCAUCCGGGAGAAGCUCGAGAUCCUCGACCCGUUGGAGGCGAUCCUGAAGUCGCUCCACUGGGAGAUCGUGAUGACCUUCAGGAAGGACAAGGAGGGCAUCAUGUCUGUAAAGAAAACAACGUGGCGACCGUGGUACAGACAUAGUUUUGAUGCUCCUGGUUGUUGA